GUGGCAUCACUCCGAUCCAUUCUCUCCUCCUCUCUCUCUCUGUAGAGAGAGAUAAUACAGAGUGCGCGCGUGUUCGGUUCAGAAGCAUCACCAUGGCCUUGCCACUGCCAUCGCAAUUCUCCACGCCUAGCCACUCCCACCGCAGCCGCCACUGGUACCACCGGCGGACCGGGGCCGCCGCCGCCGCGCUCUCGUGGCGGCGCUCUCUCGCUUCUGGCGCCUUCGUCUCGUCGAGCUGCUCGGGUUCACCUCUCGUCAACGCCUCGCCGCCGUCCCCAGGGAGAUCCCACGCUCAGCCAUUAGUCACAUGCACUGCGCAGGCACCGGCUGCUGCGAAUCUUUCUCCAGGGACACCGGUCAGGCCGACUAGCAUUCUAGUGGUUGGUGCCACUGGGACACUGGGCAGGCAAGUUGUUAGACGGGCACUAGAUGAAGGGUAUGAUGUCAGAUGUCUUGUCAGGCCUCGACCAUCUCCAGCUGAUUUUCUUCGUGAUUGGGGCGCUACAGUUGUCAAUGCAGAUUUGAGCAAGCUGGAGACUAUACCUGCAACACUUGUGGGGAUUCAUACGGUUAUUGACUGUGCGACAGGGCGCCCUGAGGAACCAAUAAAGACGGUAGAUUGGGAAGGGAAAGUUGCUCUUAUACAAUGUGCAAAAGCAAUGGGUAUCCAGAAAUUUGUGUUCUUUUCCAUCCACAAUUGUGACAAGCAUCCAGAGGUUCCAUUGAUGGAGAUAAAAUACUGUACAGAGAAGUUUCUGAAAGAAUCAGGCCUUAAUCAUGUUAUCAUCCGCUUAUGUGGUUUCAUGCAGGGAUUGAUUGGUCAGUAUGCAGUACCUAUCUUGGAAGAAAAAUCAGUCUGGGGAACUGACGCUCCAACUAGGAUUGCUUAUAUGGAUACCCAGGAUAUAGCUCGGUUGACAUUUAUAGCUUUGCGCAAGGAAAAUGUGAAUGGCAAGCUCCUUACAUUUGCUGGACCUCGUGCAUGGACAACACAAGAGGUAAUAACAUUGUGUGAGAGACUUGCUGGGCAAGAUGCAAAUGUGACUACAGUUCCAGUGUCAGUCUUGAGGCUUACUCGCCAGCUAACUCGGUUUUUUGAGUGGACAAAUGACGUUGCUGACAGAUUAGCGUUUUCAGAGGUGCUUACAAGCGAUACUGUUUUCUCUGUUCCAAUGAACGAGACAUAUGAAAUUCUUGGGGUGGAUUCCAAGGAUAUUGUCUCCCUAGAGAAGUAUUUGCAGGAUUACUUCACAAAUAUAUUGAAGAAAUUGAAAGAUCUCAAAGCGCAAUCAAAGCAAACAGACAUUUUCUUCUGAAGGAGGAACAUCUCUGUUUAAGCGAAUUCUUUUCCAGGAGAUUAGAGUUAUUGAUUAUUCGUUAUAGCACUUGAAAGUGAACUAUGCCAUGUGUUCAGGAUCCCGGCUUCUUUCUUUCCCUAUCGCUCCUAUUACCCUUGUAAGUGGCUACAUGUUGCACAUGGUAAUUACAGAAAUAAAAAAAUUUCACCGAUUUCCUGUUUGCUCCCUUGGAAGGCAAGCUGAGAAGUGGUUGGCCCUAUGUAUUUUUCCCAUCUGUACUGUUCAGAUCUGGUGUGCUCGCUUGCUAGUCUUGUGUGGAUGCAGAGAAUGCUACUUGUCUGGAAAGCAUUAUUUUGGGUAGGCUCGGUUGUUUCUCAGGUUGUGCUAUAAUACCUUUUGAAAUAUUCACUAGUAUACUUGUCCAUGUUUCCCAUGGGUUCUGUUUUUCAA